CGUAUUACGUUUUCGUAAUUGUUUUUUUUUUUAAAUUUCCCGCCAAUAAAAUUUCUAGUGAAAAUUCAGUCUCCAUUAAUUGGCUCCUUAUUUCAAGUCGAAAAACACGAGAAUUUAACUUGGAUUAAAAAAAAUAAUUGAUAAAUAAAUGGAGAAUAUUCAAGAAUUAAAUGAUUUAGAUGUUUUUUGUACCGAGCAACAAUUACGAGAAAAAAUAUAUGAAUUACAAGAAAAAACGAAUACGUUAGAACAAACUCAAAGAGAGUUAUUAGAAACUCGACAUUCUUUGUAUAGUUCUAAGACAACACUGGAAAACGAAAGUCAAACAAAUAAUGAAUUAAAAAUGCAAUUAUCAGCAGCUAUUAAUAUAAUCAAUCGUUUAGAGGACGAAAAAAUGCGAACUUACAUGGAACACGUUCAAUUAAAAGUUAAUUAUGAUACCAUGAUCAACGAACGCAAUUCUUUGAUCGAACAGACUAAAAUUACAAAAUUAGAAAUUAUAGAAGCUAAUAUCAAACUGCAAAGCGCAAAAGACAAAAUAUCAUCUUUGGAAAUGUUAAAUAAAAAUCUGGAAGAGUCUUUAACUAUGUUAAAAAAUAAUACUUUGAAAAUGGUAGCGACUGCUGAAAACGAAAUUGCUAAACUCAAAAAGGAACAUCAACAUUUGCAACAGUCAUGUCAAAUGACAAUAGAUCUUAAUAACCGUUUACAAAUAUUUGGAUUAUGUGCGCAUAGUAUACAUCAAAGAGACAAAAUUGAAGUACAACGAUUGCAAUGUAAGUUAAAUUCUAUGUUCAACGAUAUCUUAAAUGUUCCGGAUUCUAACACAGCAUUGCAUCCAGAGAUUCAAAAAUUGUGCGAAAAGUUACAGGCAUUGAUUCAAGAAUUAAAAUAAUUCAUGUAAUAAAUAUAGUUUUGGUAGGAGACGAAGGAGGAUAAGUUAAGUUAAUAAAUGCUCUUGGAUGUAUUGAGGAUUAAUAUAAAAUGUAUUAUUAUAUAAUAAUUGUCUGUAUAUUUCAUUAUAUGCCAAACAAGUGAUUAAAAUGCAAAUUUAAAAAGAUGCAAGACUAUGAGACAACAAGCAAAUAAAGAUAUUGCCUGUAGAUCCACCGCGUACACACGAAUCCACUACUAUAUGCAAUACAAAAUAUAUCUAGAA